AUGGACGCCUUUCCAGUAGAAGUGAUGCAAGAAAUUCUUCAAAACUUGAGACCGGAUUUUACGUCACCGACUAUAGGUGAAGACGCUGUCUGGACAGAGCCAAAAUACACCGAGGGUGGAUUUUCAAAUUGGUGGUCCCAUAAAACGCGCGGUCCCGAUAAUGGAAAGACUUCAGGAGAUAUAUUCGAACCUAAUUUGACUUCCUAUAGAGAUAUUCUUCCUUUGAGAUUGUGGGAGCUCAAUCUAAUCGAUCGAGAUGACGAAGUGGACUAUGAAAUUGCCGCUCAAUAUGGGAGACAUAUCAAGCUCUUACGAGUCGGCCUCAUCGCUAACGCGUCCGAGUCACACGAAACAGGAUUGGCCAAAAUACUAUCACUUUGUAGAAACCUACAAUCUAUUGGUCUAUACUAUCGAGGAGGAGGGGGGCUUUUCAAGAUUGACGCACAUACAGCUCUAGCGAAAGAAUUUCUGUCCGCUAUUCGUUACCGAGGACUCCAUUUUAUCGGAUUUUACUGCAGAGGAAGCUAUUGUAGUCGGGAGACGAUGGGGCGAGGUGACCAACACCUGCUGUACGACAUGACAAAGUCUGACGAAUCCAGUCUGGAAUCGCUAACAAUCCGAGGAUCACUCAGCAGCAUGCUUGGGCCACUCUGGAAAGACGAAACGAAGUCCUACUGGGGAACCUAUUCUAACCUCACCAGACUGCAACUAAUCGAUUGCGGUAACGUAUAUCCACCUCACAUCGCGGAGCUCAUUCGCCACUUCCCUUCCCUCGAGUACUUUCUGAUAUCCGCUUGCGGGCACGGCCCGUCCGGGCCACAUGGUCGAGAGAAGGGAUGGAGCUCUCAACCAAGUGGAUGGUGGAAUCAACGGAAACCACUGAAAUUGAUGCAUAUUGAACAUAUGCUGGCUUGGGAGAUGCUAGUUAUGGGGACGAUUCCUGCACUGGAGAUCAGGGCUGUCAGCCUCUAUGCCGAACAUCUUGCAACGACAUUCAUAAGGGAUCACGAGGUAUUCCCUUAUCUGAAACUAUUACGCGCAGCGCCGUUGAAUAGCGAGGUUUUUGGUGGGGGUAUAAAUUGCGAAGCUGAACGUGGUUUAGAAACAGACUUGAAGGCA